GUGCAGUCCAAGCCUAAGCGUGUGAAGGAGUCGCUGCCGGCCGAGGAAAGUCCACUUGCCGCUGACAGGACCACGAACCGUUCAUUCACGCCUAGCAGAUCAUCGACAGUUGGAAUCAAGAUGGCGUACAUGAAGUCACCGUACGGUAUGAACGGACUCAGUCUGUCUAACCCGAGUAUCGACCUGAUGACACACCACCACCACCCGGGGGUCGGGGUCAGCCAGUACUACAACCCGACCAGCGCUUACACAGUGACGGGCCAGUGUCCGCCUCCUCCCCGGAAGCAGCGCCGGGAGCGCACGACGUUCACACGGGCUCAGCUGGACGUGCUAGAGGCGCUGUUUGCCAAGACGCGAUAUCCCGACAUCUUCAUGCGGGAAGAAGUGGCGCUCAAGAUCAACCUUCCGGAGUCUAGAGUACAGGUGUGGUUCAAGAACAGAAGAGCCAAGUGCAGGCAGCAGGCGGGCCAGGCCAAACCUCGUCCCAAGAAGAAGUCGGCAUCUCCCCCGCCUGCCAGUACGGAGGAACAGGCGCCCACGUCCGAGUCACCCAGCUGCAGCGACAGUUCCGUCAGCUCCACGCCCGUGCCGGUCGCCGUGUCCAUCGGGAACAACAACGCCAGUCCCACCGCCACGGUGUCUACCAGCUCCAUCUGGUCGCCCGCGUCCGCACCCUCGGUCACCUCGGACCUCGGCUCCUGCACGUCCACCGUCACGUCCGCGCCUUCCUGCAUGCAGCGUUCAUCCUACAACGCCUACAACCACGGCGGGUACACGGCGCACGCUCAGACCUACUCCCCGGCACCCUACCCACCGACCACGUACUCCGCCACGUCCUACUUCGGCGGCAUGGCGGACUGCUCGUCCUACCUGAGCCCCAUGGCGCCCACACACCAGCUUCCGCCCGUCACUUCUCUCAACCAGAUGAGUUCGGCUAAUAUGUCCGCGCACUCCAUGUCUCACACCCCUCAACUGUCCCCCUCCUCCAUGGGCCACGGGUCCCCCCUCAACAUGAGCACACAGCCCGACUGCGUCGACUACACCAAACACGACCAGACCUCGGCGUGGCACAAAUUCCAGGUUCUGUGAAGUCGACUGGAGCCGCGGGAACAUGGCAAUCAGCAGGACUGCUACUGUAGUACCCGUGUCUCUUCGUUCAGCCGACAGACGUCCCCUCAUCAUGCUAGCGUGUAGCAGCGUUCCAUCCAUGUACAGACCAUGUCUCUGUCCGUUUUAAAUAGGGCGUCUAUCUGUGGAAGGAAGUUGACGUCGGACCUUACCUGAACCGAGAUUUUGAACUGACUUCACCAGUAUUUAUUGUGAAGAAGAUGGUACAUUGAAAGGUUCUCUUAUUUGAAUUUUAUUUAUUUGUAGCCAACGAGUUUGAGAUCAGUCAGUGAAUGUUUAGGCUGUGAUAGAGGUUCAAACAGUAUCAAACAGGGUUUACACUUGCAAGAAACUUGACAGAAAGAAACACACUGUAUGUACAGCUAACUAGUAUCUUCUGUGUGUCCUAUUAAGAAUAGCGAAAACUCUGUUGAUUGUAAGACCAUGUCAAAGAAAGGUAUCGAAUUGUAGAGUCUUCAUCGCUUCUACCUAUAAACAUGUACGUUGGUAGUUGCAAUAUUCUGUACAUAAUAGUUUCCCAACGUGCUUGAGUUUUAUUCUCUAACCAUGUGGAGAGCGGCCAUGACAACAAACCCAUGCCCGUUAGUUCAGUUAUUAGACGGGAUCCUCAGCCUUAAUGGUUCAUCGCAAAUAAAACCUGUAGUUACUAUUACCGCACAGUGACUAGCUUAGCAUGAUAAAGUCGACCACACCAAGGAACUAAAUGUUUUAGGAUGAACGCGUGGAUGAGAUAUUUUACUGAAUAUUUAGAGGGUUCCGGAGUUUCUCGAAAGUUAUGUGAAACUCGUCGAAAGAUUGUUCUUUUAAAGUGUUCUGGCAGAUGUAAAUAUGAUGUAUUUGUGUUCGUCGUUCAUGUCAAUACAUAGGCUACUGCCACCCUACGUCAGUGUUAAGAACGUUUGAAAGCACAACCGACGCGGGACGCCGAAACCCAGUGAAGAACUAGUCAGUCUGCUGUAGUUAGUCGUAACGGUGGCUAGACGUGCAGAGAUAUUGACGUUGUAUUUGCCACAUGUGCCCAUUCUGGGCAACAUGAUCAAGUAUGGAAGAGAUGUAAACAUGUAUUAAUCGUGCUGUUUAGAUUGGCGUUGUGGGUUGACUGACUGUGUUGUGAAGAGUUGUGACAUUACCGGGUUGUCGGAUACUGGACUGUACAGCCCCGUCAUGGAACAAAUGUGAAAACUGUAUCCAUAUCAUUUUCUGAUAGUGACGGCGUUUCAACCAUAUGUGUGUAUGUGAGUACAUUGCACGACGUCAGAUUUCAUUGUAAAGUCGUUCUAGCUGGUUGUAUUAAAUCAAUGGAACAACACA